AUGGCUGGUGUCGGAGAAGGCAAAAACAAGAAAGGAGACAAUGGGAUUGGAAAUGCUAUUGACUUUGUCCUCUCAAAUGCCAGGCUGGUGCUAGGAGUUGGUGGAGCAGCUAUGUUGGGCAUUGCAACAUUGGCUGUUAAGAGGAUGUAUGACCGGGCAAUCAGUGCCCCGAGCAGCCCCAGCAAAAUGGAUAUGAGAUCUGGGAAGCAAAGCUGGGAGGAGCCCAGCUGGAUUGGGUCAUCGCCACGUUUAUUGACUAGGGAUAUGAAAAUGAAUGUUAGCAGAUCACUUCAGACCCUGCCAACUGACAGCUUGAGCUUUGAAGCAGGUACUUCCAAAGGCACUGCUUCCAGCAAGAAAACCCAAAUGGACUUGAAGAAAGCUCGACUCCGCUUGUCCAUGCAGGAUAAGCUACUCGUGUAUUAUCGUAAGCACGUUGUCAUUCCAAGUGCAGAAAUGAGCCGAGCCAAGCAGGCUGCUAUGGACAUUUGCACAGAACUACGAAAUUUCAUCCAUGCCAAGUUUCCUGAUAUGCCUCUCCGGGAUAUGUAUCUUAGUGGCAGCCUGUAUGACGAUCUACAGGUGAUCACUGCAGACCAUGUUCAGUUGAUGGUUCCACUGAUCCUGGAAAAAAACCUCUGGGCUGCAAUCCCAGGGGAGGAGACUAUUAUGAAUGUACCUGGAUUCUGGCUGGUCCGCAGGGAAAACAUGGAAUAUUUCCCCCGCGGCAGCAGCUACUGGGACCGCUGCAUUGUCGGCGGUUACCUCUCGCCUAAAGUCGUAAACGAGACAUUUGACAGAGCCUUAUCAGGGACAAUCAACUGGCCAGCCAUAGGCAGCGUCCUGGACCUUGUCAUUCGACCAGUGGUCCCUUCCGAAAUGCUGACCUUAGAGGUUCAGUACGACACCAGUAAAAAAUUAUUUAUUGAAUUCUUGCCCCUGAUCGUGAUGGAGGAGCAUAUGCUGAUCGCCAAACCGCACCGGGAUGGACGGUAUGAAAACAUGUGGCGGCAAAGCUUCCGAACUGCGGAGACCGUCAAGUUGCGAGCUCUGGAUGAGAGGGAUGGAGGUUGUCGCUGCUGCUGCCUGAAGAUACUGAAAGCCAUCUGCAAGUCCAGCCCUGUUCUCAAUAAGUUGACAGCCAGUCAGCUGACAAACGCAAUCCUCCAUGGUUGUGCAAAGGAAUCGGACUGGUCACCAGAUCUUCUGUCUGAUAAAUUUCUGAUGGUUCUCAAAGAGCUUAUAAGCUACUUGGAGCAAGGUUUCUUGCCAUGCAGUUUAGAUACCAAAGUCAAUCUGUUUUUGGAACUUAAAGAAGAAGAAAUUGAUGAGUUGGGAUACAUGUUGUACUGUUCCCUAUCUGAACCAGAAACAUUGUUAAAUACAUGAAUUAAUUUCAUAGUAGGUUCAUAAUUUGAUAUUUAUCAGGGUUCAGUGAAUUACUGAGUUUGAGUGCAUUUAACCAUUUAAUAACCUUGUUGGCCAGGUGACUCUUCAUUUUGCAUUUCCUAAACUUGUAAUCGUGACCCGAAACAGCAUGAAAGGGGAAGUAAUGAUCUUGUGGAAAGGACUUCCAGUGUUGUUUACUACUUUAAAAAAGGCAAUUAGGCUUGGGCUGAACGGUAUUUUGUCCUUUUAAUGAACCCAAUGUGAAAUGAAUGUUCACAUUUCCCAUAAUACUGAAAAUGUAAAGAUUUAAAGUAAAUGUCACUUCGAAAGGCUUGAGCAGAAUUUUCAAAAUUGUUGCUGUCAAUAAAGCCAAUUUGACUGAGUUCCAAUAAUAUUUUCUACUGGUUCUAUUUUUGAAAACGUAAAUGUCUAGAAUUAUUACUGAAGAAAUGCAGACCGAGAAAUCAACAGGGCCUGCAUUUUAAAAAUGCAAAUUGAGAGCUUCUAAAACAAUGCAGUCAACUUGAUGUUCACAUGAGCAAUUUUACCUUCCACUUAAUUCGAGUGAGCACCCGUUUCACUACUGCAGCUGCCUCAAAAGUAUGCAGCUGAAUGGAGGUGAGUCUUUCCAUUGAACAUACUUCCCUGGAGAGUUACCAACUCACUGAAGUAAAUAUCAGCUAUUCUCACCUGCAGGAAAAUUGGCAUUUCCGAGCUAUAUCUACCACUUAAAGCAAAAGUGCCAAUGAUAAUGAUUUGGUUUAGGUUCAGAUUCAACUUAAGUCAAAACUAAUACAAAGUAUAAAACUGUGCAAACCAUAAACAAUGGCACAGACCCAGUGUGCACAAAUGGCCUGUCACUUUGCUAUAAAUUUUAUGUAAAAUGGCAAGUUCAAUGAUUUGUGAAGGAAGAAGUUUCUUUUGUUAGACUUAAAAAAAAAAGUUUAAUUUAUCAUU